UGGAACGUUUGGGGUGCCAACGUUCGGUGGCUGCUGCUGGAGCCAAAAGGGAUCCAAAGGGAUCCAAAGAGAAUCCAGAGAGAUUCUGAUUAAUUUUUUAUCUUCUUCUAUUUUUUCCCAUUGACGAUCCAAGGAAAGGGAUGAGCUUCUGAGACCUUCUGCUUUGUCUAUCCUUGGAAGACUGGAAUUGCUGAAUUAUUUCCUCCCCAGACCAAAGAGAAACUCCCAUUUGGGGGCAUGGUUUGCUGGGGAAGGGGAUCCAAGGUGGGGCUGAUCCCCUGUAGGAUCCCCUAAAGAUCCCCUCCAGCAGCAGCCCCCCCAAGAAACUCCUUUUGCAAGGGCUGCCUUCCUCAAAGGAGGGUCCUUCCCCAUAGAUUGCAUUGCAGGGCUGCCUGCCUCUCUGCUCCCCCCAUAAAAGUGGGUUUCUGGGGGGAGAGAAAGUCUUGCCCAUAUCCACCCCAAUUUCUUUGAUUUGGGCCAGAGGUGGGUCUGGAGAGCUCUUGGACCCUGAGCCUGGUGGACUCUUGUUGUUAUUAUUUAUUUUUGGAGGGGAGUCUCUUUUUAUUGUAAAAGAAAGAAAAGUCUUUUUUUAUUAUUAUCCCCCCCCCAAAAAAGUCUCUUUUUGAUUUUGGAAAAAAAGGGGGGAUGGGGGAAACAAGCCCCCCUUGAAGAGGAUCGGGAAGAAAAGGACUAAGACCACCUUCUCUCCAAGAUUUGAUAUCUAUACUGUAUAUCUGCUUUUCCCUUCUCCGUCUGGCCCCUGCCGCAGCAUCUUCCAAGCUGGAGCACUAUGGAGCUGGAGAACAUCGUGGCCAACACAGUCUUGCUGAAAGCCAGAGAAGGAGGUGGAGGGAAGCGGAAAGGGAGGAGUAAGAAAUGGAGAGAGAUCCUCAAGUUCCCACACAUCAGCCAAUGCGAUGACCUUCGGAAAAGUGUCGAACGGGACUACAAUAGUCUUUGUGACAAGCAACCCAUUGGUCGACUGCUCUUCCGUCAGUUCUGUGAGACCCGGCUAGACCUCCUACGGUGCAUCCAUUUCCUGGACGCUGUGGCAGAAUAUGAGCUUUCCCCAGAUGAGAAGCGCAAGGAAAUGGGAGAAGACAUUAUCCGCCAGUUCUUCAACAGUGAGUCCCUGGGCUAUAUGGGAGAGAUCAGCCAGUCCCUCAUGACUCAGUGCACCGAGAACCUAGAGAGAAGCGCAUGCAAAGACCUCUUCAGCAGUUGCGUGCAACGCUUGCAUGAAUACUUGAGCGGAGCCCCGUUCACAAACUAUCAAGAUAGCAUGUAUUUUGACAGAUUCCUUCAGUGGAAAUACCUGGAAAGACAAUCAGUGACCAAAGACACCUUCAGGCAAUACCGGAUCCUUGGCAAAGGAGGCUUUGGAGAGGUUUGCGCAUGCCAGGUGCGAGCUACAGGGAAGAUGUAUGCCUGCAAGAAACUGGAGAAGAAGCGCAUCAAGAAACGGAAAGGGGAGGCCAUGGCACUGAAUGAGAAGCAGAUUCUGGAAAAAGUCAACAGCCGGUUUGUGGUCAGCUUAGCUUAUGCCUAUGAGACCAAGGAUGCCCUCUGUCUGGUACUCACCAUCAUGAACGGCGGUGACUUGAAGUUUCACAUCUACAACAUGGGCAACUCUGGCUUUGACAACGAGCGGGUCACCUUUUAUGCUGCAGAGAUCUGUUGUGGACUUGAGCACUUGCACCGGGAGGGUAUUGUGUACAGGGACUUGAAGCCUGAGAACAUUCUUCUGGAUGAUGAUGGUCAUAUCCGGAUCUCAGAUUUGGGGCUGGCCAUCAAGAUCGCAGAAGGGGACACCAUCCGUGGACGUGUAGGAACAGUUGGUUAUAUGGCUCCUGAAGUGAUUAACAACGAACGCUACUCCUUCAGUCCAGACUGGUGGGGUCUGGGCUGCCUCAUCUAUGAAAUGAUUGAGGGACAGUCACCUUUCCGUGCCCGAAAGGAACGGGUGAAGAGGGAAGAAGUGGAGAAGCGAGUCCAGGAGGAGCAGGAACAAUACUCAGACAAGUUCUCAGAAGACACCAAGGCCAUCUGCAAGGCGCUCCUGACCAAAGAUCCCAAGCAGCGACUUGGAAGCAAAGUAGAUGGUGCUGUUCAAGUGAAGCUACAUCCGUUCUUCAAGACCAUCAACUUCAAGCGUCUGGAAGCUGGGAUCAUGAAACCCAUAUUUGUGCCAGAUCCCCGAGCCGUGUACUGCAAAGAUGUGUUGGACAUUGAACAAUUCUCCACUGUGAAGGGUGUCAACUUAGACCAAACUGACAAUGACUUCUAUGCCAAAUUUGCAACAGGCAGUGUUCCCAUUCCUUGGCAGAAUGAGAUGAUUGAGACCGAAUGCUUUAAAGAUCUCAAUGUUUUUGGACCAAAUGGCACCCGAUCUCCAGACCUGGACUGGAAGCAGCUUCCUGAUCCCCCCCCAAGCGUAGCCUACUCCAGAGGCUUUUCCGACGUAAUCCCAGUGACUUCACCAUCAGCACCAAUGCACACUCCAAUCUGCCAACAGCUCCCUCGCCAGCUCGGCCCACAGCACAGGCUCCCUCCUGACCCCACCUCCCCUUGCUUGGAGGUCCCCUGGAGCCACCACUGGUCUUUCACCUUCUCAGGGUUGCCUUAGGCCCGAUGCUGAAGCAGGGAUGCUACUGUCCUGCACUGGGCUCUGCUACAGCGAGGAGAUCAGGGGGACAGAAACAGCCUGCAGUUCUUCAGGACAGACAGGGCAGCCAGUGACCUGAGAACUCUAGCAACCUCCUGGUGCUGACAUGGAUCACAGGUGCCAUCUGGACUCUCAGUGAUUCAGUUUACCCAGAGCCAGUCCUACAGCUCUUUGUGAGAAUCUUCCUUCUUGUUUUUCUACACUUAGACGACACAGUGAACCUCCACCCCUUCACACAGCCCAGCAGCAGACUUUAACGUGAGUGGCUGGGAAAAGGUGCUUCGGAGGGGAGCGUUGUCCUCUUCCUUGGAGGUGGCUCAGAGGUAGUGACUGAAGGCCAAUAUGUUGUGGAGGAGCAGAGAGAAGAGAGAUCAGUUCCGUGAAAAGGGGUCUUGGAGACUGAAGAUGCCCUGCAGUUGCUGUGGCUUUUUUGUGUCGAGCUCAAGACUGAGUGCCAAGCUGAUCACACUUAUAAAUGUGUGCAUGCAUGGACAAAUGUGUGCGUAUUAAACUAUUACCCCUGUUGGUUCGUUCAGGGUUUUUUCAGGAAUCCCUCUCCUCACAGUCUUGGAACAGUUUUACAGCCUGGGCCCCAAGGAUCAAAGCAAUGAAGGGCCCCAGGGCUAUUCCGAGCCCAGAGCAAUGGAGGACCAAGCUGGACAGAAGGAGUUCCCCAGCUUCUUUAGAGGCUCCAGGUGGGAAGCCUGACUAAAGUGGAUCAGCUUUAGGGGGGAUGAAGGAGACAGAACGCUGAGAGGUGGGAUGUUGGAGGAUUUGGUUCAGACUGCAUGUAGAAGUGAAGUGACUUGAGUCAUACCUCCCAGACUCAGGGGUGGAUUGGAUAACAGAUAAGCCCAGGAUUCUGCCUCUCUCUAAAUGUUUCAGUGCAGGUUCUCAGCUUUAAAUGGACCAAAAAUACAUAUAAAUAUUUUGUAAUAAAAGGCCUAUAAAAUACAUACAAAUGUAGGAAUUCUUUUUUU